GGUAAUAGCAAUGAAGAACAUAAUUGAGCCAAGUCAUGAAUACGAAAAAGUAUUGCUCUAAAUAUUCAAAGCAUUUCAAGGAGACAAUUUAUAAGUCUGUGCAAUAAUAAUUAUGUUUGCAUAAAAAUUAUUGUCACGGUGUUGCUUUUGAUAGGCUUUUGAUAGAUCUAGGUACGUGUGUGUACAAGUUAUAAACAAUUCAAGUGAUGGCACAGCUAUAUUUAACCAUAAUCUCUCUGCACAAUGUCAUAACAAUUAUUCACUAAAAUGUUACUUGUUUGGUUAACGAUCUUUAUUGUGCCCACAAAUGCGCAUGCCUUAGAAGAGAUCUCUGGGAAGAGAUGGAUCUGAGAUGGCUCUUUCUUUCAACCGCUUUUGUGGUAUCUAUAGAAGCUCAGUUCACAGUACAGCCAGUGUCAGUGGUACAGGCCCAGGGGAUAGAUGCAGUGUUUGAGUGUCGGUAUCCUGGAGCACAAAUUUACAAUUGGGGGCUCAAUGGAGAGUUUCCUGCACACAAUAACCUCCCACCUGAUGUAACUGUUAUCCUACCGUCUGGUGAUAUCCCAACAAAACUGAUCAUAGCCACAGGGCAGUACAACAACACUGGGGUGCAGUGUGAGGCAGUCAUUAGAGCCGGACCAGUGUUCAUACCUAAAUUAUCAGUAAAUGCUACCUUGCAAGUACAAGGUCCUCUUUCAGCUGUCUCCAACCUCCGUGCUCAGUCAUCAAGCACCAACAUCACAAUCACCUGGGAUGCUCCCUUCUCUCUUAACCUCACCACAGCUGAACCAGACAUACAGUAUUGUGUGGAUGUGUACGAUAGUGCCUCUGGUGUUCUACUACACUCUGAGUGUGGUAUUAUUGAGGAACGCUACACCUAUUCCCCUAGCAAUCCCUAUUUGUACAUGUUCACAGUGACACCUAGGAGCAAUGUAGAUGGAGCUCUCAAUGGGACCACUUUGUUCAGAUGUAUACAAGAUGCACAGUCUCAGAACUUCACAAUUCAGCCAGUAUCAGUGAUACAAGCUAAAGGCCUGAAGGCAGUGUUUGAGUGUUUGUACCCUGGAGCCCUGAGUCACAGAUGGGGAAUCAAUGGAACGUACCCAGCUGAUGAUGCGUUUCCACCUGAUGUAACUCGUACCCUACCGUCUGGUGAUACUCCAGCAAGACUGGCCAUUCCAUCAACAGACCAGUACAACAACACUGUGGUGCAGUGUAGAGCUGUGCUUGAUGUGGGAGGAGAUGCGCAGUUUGUGCAAACAUGUGAUGCUCUCUUGUUAGUACAAGGUCCAUUGGGUUCUGUUACUGGACUGAGACUGGACAUGGUAACCUCUACUUCAGUGACUCUCAUCUGGGAUGCUCCCUUCUCUCUAGACCUCACCACAGCUGAGCCAGACAUACAAUAUUGUGUGGAUAUGCACAGUGUCCCUGGAGGACAACUGGUGGAGUCAACAUGUGACAUUAUCGACACUAACUACACUUUCUCUACCAGUGAACAAGACCAGUUAGUGUUUGCAGUGACACCAAGAAGCAAUGUGGAGGGUAGUCUCAAUGGGACCUCCAGUGAACUAGUCGGACCUCCUUUGCAAGGUAACGGCACGAUCACUGACAGCUCACCAUCACCAUCUCUUCCUACUAUUGAGUCUGCUCAACCACCAUUUAUUACAAUAGUUGUGUCUUCAGGUGUGACUGCUGUGGUAAUUCUACUCUUACUCUUAGUCAUUGCCAUUUUAACAGCUGUUGUCAUAGUGAAACGAAAACAAAGGAACCACAAAGAUGGAAGAGUGGAUUUGUCAUCAACAUUGCCAGGAAUUGAGCGGCCUAACGAAGCUCAUGCUCCAGUGCUCAAUAAGAACAUUGCUUAUGAGCAGACACAGAUACCAAGACACAAUGAACACACCACCACCAUCGUCACGACGGUAGUAGCAACGGACGAUGAGAACAUUGAGCCAAGUCAUGACUACGAAGAAAUAUUGCUCUAAAUAUCCAAAUAGCAUUUCAAAGAGACAUGCAAUUCAAAUCAAUAUAAUCACUAGUAUGUCACGAUGUUGAUUUUCAAGUAGAUUUGUAAGCACUUAUUAGGCAGGUGCGUGUAUAAACGAUUCAAGUGAUAUAGCACAACUAGCAUGCAUGAUUCAACACAUUUUAUUUUGUAUAAAUUAUCAUGUGCUCACUGAAUGUUACUUGUUUGGUUAAUGAUCUUUUGUGCCACAAAGGCACAUGCCUAUAAGCUAUUGAUGGAUCUGAGAUGGCUCUUUCUAUCAACAGCUCUUGUAUCUAUAGAAGCUCAGUUCACAGUACAACCAGUGUCAGUGGUACAGGCCCAGGGGAUAGAUGCAGUGUUUGAGUGUCAGUAUCCUGGAGCACAAAGUUACAAUUGGGGGAUCAAUGGAGAGUUUCCUUCACACAAUAGCCUCCC